CUGUAAGUAGAAGCAAUCCCCAAGAGCACCCCCUGGCUCCCAUCUCGGGGGACAUAGAUGCCUGGAGACAUCUAGAGGCUUUAGAUAGCGUGGAGAUGUUGCCGCCUUCAGGUUUUGCUGGGCUGGUUCCUCCCUCCCACUUCCAAGCUCGGUCCCUUCCAACUCUGCCAAGAUCGGCCCCGACCUGGGCUUCAGACAUUCCCCUGAUCCAAUCCAAGGCUGGCCAAGAUGUCUUAGAGAGGCGGCUAGACACUCAGACACCUACAGUGACCGUGUGGGAACAGGACGUUUGUGGAGAUGCACAGGGGCCAGGGCGGAGAGGCAGGUCUCUGGAGCUGGGGGUCUCCAGUGCCCUGAGCCAGCAGGCUGAGCUGAUCUCUUGGCAGCUCCAAGAGUUGCGACGGCUGGAGGAGGAGGUCCGGACCCUGCGGGAGACCUCCCUGCAGCAGAAGAUGAGGUUGGAGGCUCAGGCCAUGGAGCUGGAUGCUCUUGCGGUGGCCGAGAAGGCUGGCCAAGCCGAGGCUGAGGGCCUGCGUGCCGCCUUGGCCGGAGCUGAGAUGGUCCGGAAGAACCUGGAGGAGGGGAACCAGAGGGACCUACAGGAGAUCCAGAGUCUGCACCAAGAGCAGCUGUCCUCCCUGACAGAGGCUCAUGAGAAGGCUUUUGCUAGUCUGACCAGCAAGGCCGAGGACUUGGAGAAGUCUCUGAAUAGCUUGGAAAUGAAGCGGGCAGGAGAAACCCAACAGCUGGCCAUAGCCCAGAAGGAGGUGGAGCUGCUCCGGAGUCAACUGAGUAAGACCCAAGGGGAGCUGGAAGCUCAGGUGGCCUUGGUCGAAAGUCUGAGGAAGUACGUGGGGGAACAAGUCCCUCCGGAGGUUCAUAGCCAGACGUGGGAGCCGGAACGGAAGGAGCUUCUGGACACCUUGCAGCACUUGAGGGAGGAUAGGGCUGACCUUCAGGCCACCGUGGAAUUGCUACAGGUUCGGGUACAGAGUCUCUCACACAUGCUCGCCCUGCAGGAAGAGGAACUGACCAGGAAGGUAGGACCUCUCAUUUGCCAGGGCUUUCCUCUGGGGCAGUAG